UUCUCGUGUAGUGCGUACGCAAGGUGGCGCGUUGUUAGUAGUUUCGGUCUCGGCACAGCACUGGGAGUCCUCCGCCACGGCAUCGUUAAUCUGAAAAUUAAAAUGCCGCCGGCAAAGAGGGGCAAGGCGAAGGUUGACAAGAGUGAACCAACUCAAUCAGCAAAAGCUAACAAUUGGCCAUCUUGUAUUCGAUCCAUGACUCCUUCUUCCGUUGCUAUUACCAUCCACGCCAAGCCAGGUUCCAAAACUGCUUCCGUAACAGAUAUCAGUGAUGAAGCUGUAGGAGUGCAAAUUGACGCACCGGCCAGGGACGGAGAAGCAAACACGGCCCUUCUCGAUUACAUUAGCUCCGUUUUAGGAGUAAAACGAAGGCAAGUAUCGAUAGGCACUGGUUCCAAGUCUAGAGAUAAGACAGUUAUUGUGGAGGAUGUUACUGUUCAAUAUGUUUUUGACGCUCUAGAUAAAGUCUCAAAGGACCAGCGGUGAGACAAAUACCACGUGGCCGGAAGUGAAGCCAUGUGCUGGGAUCAUGUGAUAUGUGUUGUUUCUUGAUUACCAUAUACCACACAGCAAGAAGUAAGCCAGAUUCUAGUCUCAUUUGUUUUCCAGCUGAAGUAUUUGCCACUGGUGCCAUGGAAUACAGACCCUGUCGCCGGUCUUGUUAGUUGAAAGAACGAGAGUCGAACGUGAUUGUUUUCUCUCACUUUUGUAGGAUUUUGAUUCUGAUUUGUGUUCGAAAUGGUGUAUCUACACUGCAAGCAAGUAGUUCCUAAUGGUUUUGUAGGAUGUUGAUUCUCUAUUUAAGUUCUUAUCAUUAGCUGUGAACAUGUCAUCGAAACAAAGGCUGUGUCGUGUCAAAAUAAGAAUUUUAGUCACUGAUUUGAGAA